CUCAUAUAUACGCUUUGGCCGCAGGUAAGCAGAGAAUCAUAAUAAAACCCUAGCUAUGGCGACCCAGCCGGCGAAAGAGUCAGUUCAAUGCUUCGGAAGGAAGAAGACGGCCGUUGCCGUCACACACUGCAAACGCGGUACUGGGAUGAUCAAGCUGAAUGGCUCGCCGAUCGAGCUUCACCAGCCAGAGAUCCUCCGAUACAAGAUCUUCGAGCCGAUCCUACUCCUCGGAAAACACCGUUUCGCGGGAGUGGACAUGAGGAUCCGUGUCAACGGUGGAGGAAACACAUCUCAGGUGUACGCAAUCCGUCAGAGCAUCGCAAAGGCCCUCGUAGCUUACUACCAGAAGUAUGUUGAUGAGCAGUCGAAGAAGGAGAUUAAGGAUAUCUUGGUGAGGUACGACAGGACUCUUCUUGUUGCGGAUCCGAGGAGGUGCGAGCCGAAGAAGUUUGGAGGUCGUGGUGCUCGUUCUCGUUUCCAGAAGAGUUACCGUUAAACAACAUCUGGUUUGCUUCUUUUGCGUCUCUGCUCAACGUUUUUGGGGUUUAAAGUGUUGAAAUUGUGAGACUUUAGAUUCUCUCUGUGUUUGCGUUUAUUUUUAAUGAGGUUAUUGGAUAAUGGUUACUUCUCCUAAGAACUUAUGUUUCACUAUCUAAAUCUUUAUGCUGUUUCAUUUUUAUCUCUCUAUGUGAUACGUCUCUGUUUUGAUGAAAUUGAUUAAUUGAUCUGUGUUGGUCA